ACAAACCAAACCAAAAAUGCAAGAGAAGGCCAUUGUUCAUAACUUGACUCUCAUUUUCCUCUUCCUUCUUGUUCUUGAGACGAACACGAGCCAUGCCAAGAUGAUCGAAACAAGCAAAGAUCCAUCACUCAACGUGUUCUUCAGUCCCAACGAUCUAAAACUCGGAAAAAACAUGCCAAUCUUCUUCCCAAUCAAGAACAUAUCUCAAAUCCCAAAACCCCUCACUCAAGAAACAGCUGAAAAAAUCCCUUUCUCAUCCACAAAUCUCUCUUACCUUCUUAAUUUCUUCUCAAUCUCUAAAGCUUCCCCACAAGCCAAGGCCAUGGAGUACACUCUAACACAAUGCGAGCUUGAGCCCAUGGAAGGAGAGACCAAGUUUUGCGCCACCUCUUUAGACUCCUUAUACCACUUGACCAGCAGCGUUUUUGGAUUUGACGGCGGCGACCACGGCGGCGUGAAGGCUGAGGCCACUAAGUAUCCUAAGAAUUUCAAGACAGAAUUGCAAAAGUACACGAUUUUGGAGGAACCCAUUAAAAUUUGGGCUCCAAAAAUAUUGUCUUGUCAUUUGAUGCCAUACCCUUAUUUGGUGAUGUAUUGUCAUAGCCAAGUGAGUGAUACUAUGUUGUAUAAGGUGGUUGUUGUGGGGGAAAAUGGUGAUAGAGUUGAGGCGUUGGCUAUUUGUCAUGUUGAUACCUCUGAAUGGGAUAGUGAUCAUGUGGUGUUUAGAGUGCUCAAUGUUGUGCCUGGUGCCUCAGCUGUUUGUCAUUUCUAUCCUCAAGACAACAUUGUUUUUGUUCCUAAUGUUGAGUCUUAGGAUGUUUGUUUUCAAGUGUUUUGUGUU